UUUGAAACGUUUAUCGAUCAUUCUAUUAUUUGAUUCAACUUCACGUGAUAGAUAUAUAUAGUUUAAUAUACGUACUGACAUUUCUAAUUCUUUAUUCGUUUAUCUUUUACAGUCUUCCAAAUUUUUAUUUAUUUUAGUUUUAAGAUUUGUAAUUUAUUAUUCAUACACAUCUAAGAAAUGUCAACUCCAUGGGCAAAAAUUCAACCAGUAGAAGGACCUAUUAAUUUGUUAGAGAUAACUUCAGAACAACUAGCAAAAAGUUUGCAAGAAAAAGAAUUAAAAAAGUAUCAAAAUGAGACAGAAAAUGAUGUAAACAUUCAAGACUGUACAAUAUAUGAAACCAAUGAUACAGAUAGCGAUGAAGUAAUUGCACAUAUGUUACAAGAUCAAUUUAACAAAGAAUAUGAUUUAAUGUUAAAACGCACAGAGGAAAAAUUCAAUCGUGAUUCUAAAGUUAAUAUAUCAUAUACAAAUUAUCGAACUUCUCUUUGUGAUGAUCAAGAUGAUAAAGAUACAGAUAUUGAAGAUACAACUAAAGAUUUUGAUAGAUUUGUGAGUAUAGAGAAAGAAUAUGCUUCUAUACCACGUUGUGGAUAUAGAAAAAUGGGUGGUGAGGGAUCUCAAAUUGUUACAAAACAUGAUAUGUUGAUGUCUUCAAGGAUAAAUGCCUGCAGAGUGUUACAAUUCCCACCAGGAAUUCAUACAGGAGACACAGGAGGAUUUGAUGUUAAAUUAAACAAUAAAGUAUUUAACAGUUUAAGGGCUCAUAGUCAUGCUCAGUGUUCUAAACAAAAAGCAAAAGCACGACCACAUACAAAAUAAAUAAAUAAAAUAUUUGUUAAUUCUUAUUAUAUUCUCUAAGACUAGAUUGGGAUAACAUCACAAUAUCUACACAAUAUCUACAGUAACCAAAAAGAAUAUAAUUAAUGAAUAUAAUUUAAAAAGAUGUAAAUAUUUUUCUUUUUAAAUAAAAUAAAAUAUUUGGUGAAUCACAAA